GGGAUGGCGACCGUGGUGGUGGAAGCCGCGGAGCCGGAGCUGUCCGGCAGCAUCGCCAACCCGGCGGCGUCCACUUCGCCCAGCCUGUCGCAUCGCUUCCUCGACAGCAAGUUCUACCUGCUGGUGGUCGUCGGCGAGAUAGUGACCGAGGAACACCUGCGACGCGCCAUAGGCAACAUCGAGCUCGGAAUCCGAUCAUGGGACACCAACCUGAUUGAAUGCAACCUAGACCAAGAACUGAAACUUUUUGUAUCUCGACACUCUGCAAGAUUCUCUCCUGAGGUCCCAGGACAAAAGAUCCUUCAUCACCGAAGUGACGUGUUAGAAACGGUGGUCCUGAUCAACCCUUCAGACGAAGCGGUCAGCACUGAGGUGCGCUUAAUGAUCACUGAUGCUGCCCGACACAAGCUGCUUGUGCUGACCGGGCAGUGUUUCGAAAAUACCGGAGAGCUCAUUCUCCAGUCCGGCUCUUUCUCCUUCCAGAACUUCAUAGAGAUUUUCACUGAUCAAGAGAUUGGUGAAUUACUGAGUACCACCCAUCCUGCCAACAAAGCUAGUUUAACCCUCUUCUGUCCCGAAGAAGGGGACUGGAAGAACUCCAAUCUUGACAGACACAAUCUCCAAGACUUCAUCAAUAUUAAACUCAACUCAGCUUCUAUAUUGCCAGAAAUGGAAGGACUGUCCGAGUUUACCGAGUACCUCUCAGAAUCAGUGGAAGUCCCAUCUCCCUUUGAUAUCCUGGAACCUCCCACAUCGGGCGGAUUUCUAAAGCUCUCCAAGCCCUGUUGCUACAUUUUUCCAGGAGGGAGGGGCGAUUCUGCCUUGUUUGCAGUGAACGGAUUCAAUAUGCUCAUCAAUGGAGGGUCAGAAAGAAAAUCCUGCUUCUGGAAGCUCAUCCGACACCUGGACCGAGUGGACUCCAUCCUGCUCACCCACAUUGGGGACGACAACUUGCCCGGCAUAAACAGCAUGCUGCAGCGGAAAAUCGCAGAGCUCGAGGAAGAACAGUCCCAGGGCUCCACCACCAAUAGUGACUGGAUGAAAAACCUCAUCUCCCCUGAUUUAGGAGUUGUAUUUCUCAAUGUUCCAGAAAAUCUGAAAAACCCAGAGCCAAACAUCAAGAUGAAGAGGAGCAUAGAGGAAGCUUGCUUCACUCUCCAGUACCUAAACAAAUUGUCCAUGAAACCAGAACCUCUGUUCAGAAGCGUAGGCAAUACCAUCGACCCUGUCAUUCUUUUCCAAAAAAUGGGAGUAGGUAAACUUGAGAUGUAUGUGCUUAACCCAGUCAAGAGCAGCAAGGAAAUGCAGUAUUUUAUGCAGCAGUGGACUGGCACCAACAAAGACAAGGCUGAAUUUAUCCUGCCUAAUGGUCAGGAAAUAGAUAUCCCAAUUUCCUACUUAACCUCAGUCUCAUCUCUGAUCGUAUGGCAUCCGGCAAACCCUGCAGAGAAAAUCAUCCGAGUCCUGUUUCCCGGAAACAGCACCCAAUACAAUAUUCUGGAAGGACUGGAAAAGCUCAGACAUUUAGACUUCCUGAAACAGCCGCUGGCCACCCAGAAGGACCUCACUGGCCAGGUGGCCGCUCCUGCUGUGAAACAAGUAAAACUGAAACAGAGGGCCGAGAGCCGGGAAAGUCUGAAGCCGGCCGCAAAACCACUGGUCAGCAAGUCUGUGCGAAAGGAGUCUAAGGAAGAAACCCCCGAGGUCACAAAAGCAAAUCAUGUGGAAAAGCCGCCGAAAGUCGAAAGCAAAGAAAAGGUAACAGUGAAAAAAGACAAGGCAGUAAAAACAGAGACCAAACCUCCAGUGGCUGAAAAGGACGUGCCCAGCAGAGAAGAGCAGCCUCCGGUGAGGGCCGAGGUAGCUGAGAAACCAGCCACGGAUGUCAAGCCCAAAGUCACCAAGGAGAAGACGGUGAAAAAGGAAAUGAAGGCCAAGCCUGAGGAAAAGAAAGAGGAGAAGGAGAAGCCGAAGAAAGAAGUGGCUAAAAAGGAAGACAAGACACCCGUCAGGAAGGAGGAGAAGCCGAAAAAGGAAGAGGCAAGGAAGGAGGUCAAGAGAGAAAUCAAGAAAGAAGAGAAGAAGGAGCCCAAGAGAGAGGUUAAGAAAGAGACCCCCCUGAAGGAGGCCAGGAAGGAAGCUAAGAAGGAAGAGAAGGAACCCAAGAAAGAAAUUAAGAAGCUUCCUAAAGACGCAAAGAAACCACCUACUCCUCUAUCUGAAGCCAAAAAACCAGCCACGUUGAAACCAAAAGUCCCCAAGAAGGAAGAGCCCGUCAAGAGGGACCUUGCUGCUGCCGGGAAGCCGAAGGAGAAGGUGAAGGGGAAGGUCCUCAGGAAGGAAGGCCAGGCCCCGGAGGCUGCGGCGGUGGCCGGCGCCGGGGCCACGGUGGCCGCUGUGGCGGCAGCAGCUGCAGUAGCCAGCCCUGGCCCCGCCAAAGAACUAGAAGCUGAGAGGUCCCUCAUGUCAUCCCCUGAGGACCUAACCAAGGACUUCGAAGAGCUGAAGGCUGAAGAGGUCGAUGUAGCAAAAGACAUUAAGCCUCAGCUGGAGCUGAUUGACGAUGAGGAGAAACUGAAGGCCACCGAGCCGGUCGAAGCCUAUGUCAUCCAGAAAGAGACAGAGGUCAUCAAAGGCCCUGCCGAGUCCCCUGACGAGGGCAUCACCACCACCGAGGGGGAGGGCGAGUGCGAGCAAACCCCCGAGGAGCUGGAGCCCGUUGAGAAGCAGGGGGUGGACGACAUAGAAAAGUUUGAAGACGAAGGAGCAGGGUUUGAAGAGUCCUCCGAGACCGGAGACUACGAGGAGAAGGCAGAGACCGAGGAGGCCGAGGAGCCAGAGGAGGAUGGUGAAGACGGCGUGUGUGCGGGCGCCUCCAAGCACGGCCUCGGGGACGAGGGGGACGCGCACGGCAGGCGCGACAGGGGGUCUGUGGCCAGCGGGGACGACCGAGCCGAAGAAGACAUGGAUGAGGCGGUGGGGAGAGGAGCCGAGCCCUCAGAGGAUGAGGAGGAGGAGGGGGACAGAGCUGAGGAGGCCAGGGAGGCGUAUGAGCCCGAAAAGGCGGAAGCUGAAGAUUACGUGAUGGCCGUGGUUGACAAGGCUGCGGAGGCCAGCGGUGCCGAGGAUCAGUACGGAUUCCUCUCCACUUCAGCCAAGCAGCUGGGGGCCCAGUCUCCUGCCCGGGAGCCUGCAUCCACAAUUCAUGAUGAGACUCUACCCGGAGGCUCGGAAAGUGAGGCCACCGCUUCUGAUGAGGAGAAUCGGGAAGACCCGCCUGAGGAAUUCACUGCCACCUCUGGCUACACUCAGUCCACCAUUGAGAUAUCCAGUGAGCCCACCCCCAUGGAUGAGAUGUCUACCCCUCGAGAUGUAAUGAGCGACGAGACCAACAAUGAAGAGACGGAAUCCCCUUCUCAAGAAUUUGUAAACAUCACCAAAUAUGAGUCUUCACUGUAUUCUCAGGAAUACGCCAAACCUGCUAUCACAUCACUCAAUGGGUUAUCUGAAGGGUCAAAAACAGAUGCCACUGACGGGAAAGAUUACAAUGCUUCAGCCUCCACCAUCUCACCACCCUCAUCCAUGGAGGAAGACAAAUUUAGCAGAUCUGUUCUACGUGAUGCUUACUGUGCUGAAGAGAAAGACAGGAAAGCCAGUGCCAUGCUGGAGAUCAAAGACACUGUCUCAGCAGUUUCAGAUGGAAAACUUAGCCCAUCCAAGAGCCCAUCUCUGAGUCCCUCUCCACCAUCACCCAUAGAAAAGACCCCCCUGGGUGAACGUAGUGUGAACUUUUCUCUGACACCCAAUGAGAUUAAAGUGUCAGCUAAGACAGAAGCAGUCCCAGUGUCUCCUGAGGUGACUCAAGAAGUAGUUGAAGAGCACUGUGCUAGUCCUGAAGAUAAGACCCUGGAAGUGGUGUCUCCAUCUCAGUCUGUGACUGGCAGUGCUGGCCACACACCUUACUACCAAUCUCCCACUGAGGAGAAAUCCAGUCAUCUCCCCUCAGAAGUCAUAGAAAAAUCAUCAGCAGUUCCAGUGAGCUUUGAAUUCAACGAAGCCAAAGAUGAUAAUGAAAGAGCUUCCAUAAGCCCCAUGGAUGAACCUGUUCCUGACUCAGAGUCUCCUAUUGAAAAAGUUUUGUCUCCUUUACGGAGCCCUCCCCUAAUUGGAUCUGAGUCUGCGUAUGAAAGUUUUCUGAGUGCUGAUCACAAGGGUCCUGGUAGAUAUACUGAAAGCCCCUUUGAAGGAAAGAAUGGAAAACAAGGCUUUCCAGACCAAGUAAGUCCAGUUUCUGACAUGACCUCCACUGGUCUUUUCCAAGACAAACAGGAAGGGAAAAGCACAGGCUUUAUACCAAUAAAGGAAGACUUUGGUCAACAAAAGAAAACUGAUGACCAUGAAGCCAUGAGUUCUCAGUCUGGACUGGCUUUAGAUGAAAGAAAGUUAGGAGGAGAUGUUUCUCCUACACAAAUAGAUGUCAGUCAGUUUGGAUCUUUUAAAGAAGACACUAAGAUGUCCAUUUCUGAAGGUACUGUUUCAGACAAGUCAGCCACUCCUGUUGAUGAAGGUGUAGCAGAAGAUACAUACUCUCAUAUGGAGGGUGUGGCCUCAGUCUCCACAGCUUCCGUGGCUACAAGCUCAUUUCCAGAGCCAACAACAGAUGAUGUGUCUCCUUCUUUGCAUGCUGAGGUUGGUUCCCCCCAUUCCACAGAAGUAGAUGACUCCCUUUCUGUGUCUGUUGUGCAAACACCUACCACUUUUCAGGAAACAGAAAUGUCUCCAUCUAAAGAAGAAUGCCCAAGACCAAUGUCAAUUUCUCCACCAGACUUCUCCCCUAAAACAGCCAAAUCCAGGACACCAGUUCAAGAUCAUAGGUCUGAACAAUCCUCAAUGUCUAUUGAAUUUGGUCAAGAAUCCCCUGAGCACUCCCUUGCUAUGGACUUUAGUCGACAGUCUCCAGAUCACCCUACAAUGGGUGCGAGUGUGCUUCACAUAACUGAAAAUGGGCCAACUGAGGUGGACUACAGUCCUUCUGAGAUGCAGGAUUCUAGUUUAUCACAUAAGAUACCACCAAUGGAGGAGCCAUCCUACACCCAAGAUAAUGAUCUUUCUGAGCUCAUCUCAGUAUCUCAGGUUGAGGCCUCCCCAUCCACCUCUUCUGCACAUACCCCUUCUCAGAUAGCCUCUCCUCUCCAAGAAGAUACUCUAUCCGAUGUUGUUCCUCCCAGAGAUAUAUCCUUAUAUGCUUCACUCACCUCUGAAAAAGUGCGAAAUCUGGAAGGAGAGACACUGUCACCAAAAUCUGAUAUCUCUCCACUGACCCCAAGAGAGUCUUCUCCUUUAUAUUCACCUAGUUUUUCAGAUUCUACCUCCGCAGUCAAAGAGAACAUAGAAACUUGCCACACUUCUGCUCCUCCACCAAUGGAAGCAACAUCUGCAGAGCCCUAUGGCUUCCGUGCCUCGAUGCUGUUUGAUACAAUGCAACGCCAUCUAGCCUUGAAUAGAGACUUGACCAGAUCUGGUGUGGAGAAGGACAGUGGAGGGAAGACACCUGGUGACUUCAGCUAUGCCUAUCAGAAGCCGGAGAAAACAACUAGGUCCUCAGAAGAAGGUUACCACUAUGAGUCUUACGAGAAACCUACCCAAAGCCCGGAUAUGGGGGGCUAUUACUAUGAGAAGACAGAGAGAACCACUAAAUCCCCAUGUGACAGUGGCUACUCCUAUGAGACCAUUGAGAAAACCACCAAGACUCCUGCAGAUGGUGGCUAUGCCUAUGAAAUUACUGAAAAGACCACACGGGCCCCCGAAGAGGGUGGGUACUCAUAUGAGAUAAGUGAGAAGACGACAAGAACCCCUGAAUUGAGUGGUUAUAGCUACGAAAAGACCGAGAGGUCUAGAAGACUGCUGGAUGACAUCAGCAAUGGCUAUGAUGACUCUGAAGAUGGUGGCCACACACUUGGAGAUUCCAGCUACUCUUAUGAGACCACUGAGAAAAUUUCCAGUUAUCCUGAGUCUGAAAGUUAUACUUACGAGACAUCUACAAAAACUACACGAACCCCCGAUACUUCCACAUACUGUUGUGAGACUGCAGAGAAAAUCACUAGAACCCCCCAGGGGUCUACAUAUUCUUAUGAGACUUCAGACCAGUGCUACCCUGAAGAAAAGAAGUCCCCCUCUGAGGCUCGUCAAGAUGUUGACUUAUGCCUUGUGUCCUCCUGUGAGUACAAGCAUCCCAAGACAGAGCUGUCACCCUCCUUCAUUAAUCCCAAUCCUCUUGAAUGGUUUGCCAGUGAAGAGCCAACUGAAGAAUCUGAGAAGCCCCUCACCCAAUCAGGGGGAGCCCCACCACCUCCAGGAGGAAAGCCACAGGGGCGACAAUGUGAUGAAACCCCUCCCACCUCAGUCAGUGAGUCAGCCCCAUCCCAGACCGACUCUGAUGUCCCCCCAGAGACUGAAGAGUGUCCCUCCAUCACAGCUGAUGCAAAUAUCGACUCUGAAGAUGAAUCAGAAACCAUCCCCACAGACAAAACUGUCACAUACAAACACAUGGACCCACCUCCAGCCCCCAUGCAGGACCGCAGCCCUUCUCCACGCCACCCAGAUGUGUCCAUGAUGGACCCAGAGGCCUUGGCCAUUGAGCAGAACCUGGGCAAAGCUCUGAAGAAAGACCUGAAAGAGAAGACCAAAACCAAAAAGCCAGGUACAAAGACCAAGUCAUCUUCACCUGUCAAAAAGAGUGAUGGGAAGUCCAAGCCCUCUGCUGCUUCACCAAAACCAGGGGGCUUGAAAGAAUCCUCAGAUAAGGUGUCCAGAGUGGCUUCUCCUAAGAAGAAGGAAUCUGUGGAGAAAGCAACAAAACCCACCACUACACCCGAGGUCAAAGCUGCACGUGGGGAAGAGAAAGACAAGGAGACCAAGAAUGCCGCCAAUGCCUCCGCAUCCAAAUCGGUAAAGACUGCGACUGCAGGACCAGGAGCCACCAAGACCGCCAAACCCUCAGCUGUGCCUCCAGGGCCCCCUGUGUACUUGGACCUGUGCUAUAUUCCCAACCACAGCAAUAGUAAGAACGUCGAUGUCGAAUUUUUCAAGAGAGUGAGGUCGUCCUACUACGUGGUGAGUGGGAAUGACCCCGCUGCCGAGGAGCCCAGCCGGGCUGUCCUGGAUGCCCUGUUGGAAGGGAAGGCCCAGUGGGGCAGCAACAUGCAGGUGACCCUGAUCCCAACUCAUGACUCAGAGGUGAUGAGGGAAUGGUACCAGGAGACCCACGAGAAACAGCAGGACCUCAACAUUAUGGUUUUAGCAAGCAGCAGCACCGUGGUUAUGCAGGAUGAAUCCUUCCCUGCAUGCAAGAUCGAACUGUAAAGACCGAGGCCAGCCACACCACAGGAUUCGAACUUUGUUUCCAGAAAUUCUUCAGUUUGAAACCACCUUUUCUAAAAAGUCAAUUCAUCUAAAUAAGUCACUGAACCGUUACCUGCCAAACGCUAUACCGUGUCAUGGUGGUACAAGUCACUAAUAUUUCUCAGUUUUUGCUGAUAGCUAAGGGAAGUAACAGGAUUCCCACAAUAGGGUUCAAGUUAUUGCAAAACGACCUACCCCAGUUAAUCUCUGCUGAACAUUUGGAAACCAUGCACUAGCAAACCCAACUGACUUCUGCUAGGUAGAGGCAUUUGUCUUAGAGAGAGAGAGAAAGCGAGCGAGAGAGAGAGAAAGAGAGCGAGCGAGUGCACGAGGAGAGAGCGCAGAAGAGAGAAUGAGAAAGAAACAGAAAGCAAGAGGAGGAGAUGUCAGGGUAGAGGGCGCUGGUGAGAUCCCAGAGAGGAAAGGAGAACAGUGUGGGGUAAGGAGGAGAAAAUAGCAACGCCAUCUCCAUUUUCUUAGGCAGUUUGUAUUCUGUAGUCUACAUACGCAAAGUUUUCAAUGUGUGUCAGUCUAAGUCAUCAAAAAGGGUCUUAAUUUUCUAAAACAAGUUGGCUGGAAGAACACAAAGAGAAUAGAACUUGCUAUGAGGGCCUGUGAGAUUUUCACGCCUUAAUUAAGCUCCUUCAGUUCGAAGGCUGCACACUGCAUAGCGUAGUGACUGUAGACUGGACACGCAAGUGGUUUGAACCCCAUUUGGAACUCUCAGACUCUUCCAGCACUCAAGCAGGUUGAUCUAAGGCAUGCUCCCAGCAUCUGUGCACCCAGUUAGUCCACUCUGAGUCAGUUAACCUGCAUGCAGAAACGCCCAAGUCCACCCCAGUUAACAAGCAAAUACCAAAGCAGUUGGGAGUACAGAUGGUAGACAAUUUGCCUUAGAAAGUGACUUGAAUGUACAAAGAUACUUGAUGCACUUAUUAUUUUUUAAUGUGAGACAGCAAGUUUAUAAAACAUCCGUGUAAGAUUAUAGCUACUCCGGUUACGGGAGCAUGUGUGUGCGUGGGGGGUACUGGAAGCUCAUCUGACUGGUGCAACAGUUUGAUGCCGAGUCAUGCAUGUGGAGUCCCACCUCAGUGCCCCCGUGGCUCCUCAGCCAAACACAUUGAGCCUUUAAUAGCUUCCUUACUACUGCAAGUUCAAGACUGAAAUGGCUUCUAUGAUCAGAACUGGGCAAACAGCGAAUCUUAUGGUGGAAGAGAUUCUCAGCAAGUGUACAGUUAAUUACCUUCCUUUGUCUUACAUUGGCUUUUUUUAAUGUUUCAUUAAUUUCAGUAUAAUUAAUGGGAACAAGUGUACAGAAUUUUUUUUUUUUUUUAGCUAUGUCAGAACUUUUCACAGAUGAACUUUUUAACAAAUAUUUUCAUUUGCUGGAAAAUGCAAAGAAAAAUUUCAAGUGACGUGUUUUUUUUUUUAAAGUGUUUUUAUAAGACAAGAAAAUGAAUGUUUUUUUUUUUUUUUUGUUUUUGUUUUUGAAGUUCUGGUGAGACUGAAGUCUGAUAUUGCAGCAGUAAUGUUUAUUAAAGCCCAUAGCUACCAGGAAUAGUGAUACCUCCCACCCUUGAUUCCCAUAACAUAAAAAUCUGAAUAUGUGCUAUUUGCGAGUGGGGGAGAGUGGCGUGGCAGGCUACUUUCCCAGGCCUCGGAAUCACCCAGUGAUAUCCUACAUUCUUUCAAGAUCUUCAACCAUGAGGUAAAAGAGCCAGGACAAGUUCAAAGAACCCUAGCGAAAGUUUGCUCUGGGAUUUCUUUUCUGGAAAAAAAUAAAAGAAAUAAUACAGUAAACGCAAAUGAAUUCCCCACUCCUGCUGCUCAUCACGUAGAGUUCAGAGAUCCUUCCCAUCAUUGUCAUCACUGAACUAUGACUCUGGGGAGCCAGACCAUGAUUCAAACUGACGCCAGGUUCCGAGUGACAGGUUAGUCACCCGGUGUUCAGAUGUGGCAACUUCUCAGUGAUGACUGAGCUGUGCUCUGUCACGUGGCGUUUCCUGCAGACUGAGAUCUCCGGAGCAGUGAACAAUGACCUCGUUUUAUUUUCUAUGUUAUUUAUUUCACAAAUAACAUUUUAGUUUAUUUUUCUCUGAUAAGUGUAUGUUUUGCACUGCUAACUACUAUGAGGGUUUUAAACAAUGCUUCUUCAGGGUCCCUUCACUGAGGACCUGUGCAUCUACUUAAUGCUGUGAAUUACAUUUUCAAAUGUUUAAUUUUUUUUAAAAAAACUAAUAUUCUAUUUUUUUUUAGGUUUCUCUAGAAAUGCAGCUUUUAUUUAUUACUCCAUUUUUUCCCAAGUCCUUAAGAAACACAUUGAUUAAAGGUACAGGAAAUUACCGCACGGUGGAAAACUCAUUGUGACAAAAAUGAAUUCCAUUGAGUAUAGACUCAUCCACUUCAGAUGUAUUUAACGAGACAACCUCAGAUCCUCAAGACAAUUCUUUAGUGAUUGGGGUUGCGUUAGCCCACAGAAUGCAUGGGAAAAGGAACAUCCCGGCCUUCUUGCCAAAUCCAGGCCUCUGGCUGAUUUUUCUUUGAUAGAAGAUGGACUUAUUCUCUAAUUUCUCAAACUGAAUUUAUUUAACACGUACAUUAUUUUGCUUUUAAAAUAUACAAACAUUUUAGGAGAAUUAUAACCAGUCUUCAAUUAUAACGAUUCUAUCCCACUCCUUUUUUCCCUAUGGGAUUAAUGGGGAAAAUAUACAAAAGCUGUUAUUGGUCAACUGGUGUUUCUCCUGUGAAAUAUAUCAGUACCUUUCUCCAUCCAUUGUUCCCAGUGCUGACCACAGAGCCGAGUAUACCAAGAAAACCAAUAGUUACACUACAGGUUGCUCCUGUCCUUCCCGAAACCUUUUCUACCUGGGUGACUAGCCUAAUUUUGCCAGCUCCAUAGAUACACAACUAGCUUAGUAAUAGCCAUCACAGUGUACCAUGUCCAUCACGGAGAGCUAAAGACUGCCACAGACCUCUAGGAGCUGUGUUCAUCCCGGUUACUCGGUCCACUGGUGCAGGUGGAGGAUCAGAGUGGAAGGAAUUUACACUAAGCGAUGGGGUUCCAUCGAGACAGCACUCACGAUCCGGACCUUUUUGGUAGUAUUCUUCUUAAGCAAAAUUCUGUGGAGACUAAAUGUUAGAGAUGAUCCUCCAUUUUCAAUUUUAACCAAUUCUAUCCCCUUUCUCAAAACCCAGCCCUCGUGCAUGCUUUCUCAGUCUUGUGGGACUGGAUACAAUGACUGACUCCCUUCUCCCAAAUGCCAUUUUCCAUGGAGUUAAAAAAUUUUUUUCCUUAACCUUACAUAUCAUAGUGAAUGGUUUCCCCAGUGUAUAUGAAUGUUUUAAGUGUCUCCAAUAGCUUAUGCAGUUUAGGAGCUUUUCAGUACUCAUUUAAUAAGGUUAAAUCAUUUGCUAAUUGGAAAUUUUACCCCCUUCCAUCGUCCUGUAUUACCAAACUUCAGCUCUCGGGAGCUGUUGUACGAUUCUGAAAUUGCUUUUCUUGCCUCUCUUAGUCACCUGUCUGUCACAGGAGGUUCUUGCUCAGUGAUGAUAUUGUGAGUUAGAUUAAUAACUUUUUUUUUUUGCGCUUCAGACUUAGAAGAAAAGAUCCUGCUUCCAUUUGAAAGGAACUGUAAGCUUUUAUCUUCUAACCAACUGAACAGCACACCAAAAGCAGCCUGAGGAUGAGCAUUUCUUUGAAAGCAAUUAGGUUAUUCACCUGGUAUUAAAAUGAUUUACUAUUAAAAAAAUCUGUGACUUUCUUGAUUUAAAAGGCAACAUCAAAAACUGAAAAGGAAGGGAAAAAAUAGCUUCUCUGCACUCGUUCGGAGCUCCCCAAAGCAGCAGCUGUCGAGACACAGUGUCCAGACCCGCUGCCACCGAGAACACCCUGCCCCAGGGCCAGGGUGCUUACAGCGCUGAAGGCAGCCCUGGAACGAAGUGGUCCUGAGCCCGGCGGAGAGGCACCUCCCACUCCUCUCUCUUGUUCUGAAUGGUGUUUGUGUCAGUCUGCAGCUGUGUAUGGUAUUAUGUCUUAUAAUCCUGCAUCACUUCUAUCCUAUCCAGUCAUAUCUAAUGUAGAAAAUUAGUUUCCAGUGGAAGUAAUAUGUAGUGCUUUUAUGAUAUUUGUGUGCAAUAUCCCCUCUUCCAUUGAGGAUAUUUGAUGUAAAAGGAAAAAAAAAACUCAGUUCCACAAUAAAAUACAAAAGUGGCAAAAGUU